AGAGAGAGAGAGAGAAAGAAAGAGAGAGAGAAAGAGAGAGAGAAAGAGAGAGAGGGGAAGGGGGGAGGGAUUAUGCCAUAGUCGGUAGAUGGUGCUGCGACUAACUACUGCUCACCAAUCAAAUGCCCGUCAAUCUUCAUGGGAAUUAUCCAUGAGCAGUGUGCACGCUCGCUCGUCUCCAGAACUCCACCGCGUGUAUCUCUACUUCAUACAUUCACUUCAAUACCAAGGCAUGAGUUUCUUUCUUCCAUUGCAUGUCUCUUUUUGAGCCUGUUCGCUUUGCGCCCCAUUGUUGGCUUUGCUCCUUUUCGUAGUAUGGAUGCAACUCGUUUGCCAGUUUCGCCCGAUGAUCCGUCUGGUUGCAUGCUUGAUACAGAUGGAUCUUGGCAAUCAUAUAGCUCAGCCGCCAGAUUCAGCUCAGUUGAUGGAGAUUCCACUUGAUCAGCACCGCCUGCUUCAAUCUCAGCAUCAGCACCAGAAGGACCAGGAACUGCAACAUGGCCAGGAACAAUUACAGCAACAGCUGGACUUUCGCCAGGGUCACUGCCUUGUUGAUUUUAGUAGCCUCAGUGACAGUUACGGGUGCAGUUGCAAAGAUAGCCAUCGCAACCCUAUUCAGUCACAACGAAUCGAUCGAGACCAUGGUUGGAUACCGCUCUGCCCACGUUCAGCAGUCUUUCCUUCUUGGACGGCCGAGCACACCUUAUCUCCUGCUCCAUUGCUCUCUUCCUCAGCAUCGGCUGCAUCCUACGCCUCAUCUUCUCUUUCUUAUUCUUCUUCUUCGCCAUCCACCACAUCCCUCGUUUCCCCUCUUUCCUCCACUGUCUAUUCAUACGCCUGCUCCCCUACUUCUUCCUCUUCUUCGGCCUCUUCUUUGACCUCUUCCCCACCUUACACCUCUCGGCCUAUUCUUUCUCUAUCAUCUCCGCCUCGGAAAUAUUAUACCCGCAAGCGUCCAGCCCUCUCUGCCAUCUUCUCCAUCCCCUCUUCUCCCACUGCUGCCUCUCCGCCCCAGCUCCAGCCUCAACCUCAACCUCAACCAUCGCGAUCCCGACAAAUCUCUGCCCUUGCAUCAAAUCUCAAUCCGUCUAUUUUCUCACUCUCCUCGUCACUUCUCUCGUCUUCCUUCCGCGGUUCUGCUCCAGAGCAACUAUCGACCAGCCUCAUUGCAGAGUCGACCACAAGCACCACUCUCUCCUACGCUUACUCUCAGCCCUUCUUCUCUAUCCCUCGCACCUUUUGCUCGAACCAAAGCGCCAACAAACUUCUCCGUGCGCUCGACACAUUUUCAACUUUGCCGACAUCCCCUAAGAAAAUGGGUCGACAACGCUCUCGUUCAACGUCCUCGAUCGGUAUGCUUGCGAAAUCGCCAACGGCUCUCUCAGCAUCACUCUCGACCUCUGUUGCUUUGUACGACAAUCAACGGCCGCCAAAGACACUCCACGACAUUCUCCUGCAAGCCCAGUCCCAUUACAUUUCACACCGAUAUGUCCCAGCCCUGGCGCUCUACAAACUCGCUGCAGAGGGUCACAACUCGAUACCCGCCUGCUCCUCCCUGUACGCUCUCUACACCUCAACUUUAAGUGUUCCUGGCCUAAUUCGAAGCGACACGAAGGCAACACACAUCCUGAUCCAUGCUCUUCGAAUCUGGACGGCCAGACGGUGGUCCUACUCUCGGCUCGUCGAUAGAGGGUCGAUGAGAUCCAGCACUCGAGACGAACACGACGAACUCGAGGAGUAUUUUGCACAUCCCCGAAGAAUCAGUAAGGUACAGCGACGUACCAAUGUUUCUGAGAUCUCUAUACCCAUUCGAAAGCAUGCAAGCAAGCAUUCUAGAUCAUCAAAAGUAGUUGCACAGUCCGUUGAGAGCGAAUACCGUACCCCUUUACAUCUUACGGGACAGGAUAACCAGGACCAGGGCGACUCCAAGAACGACGCGGAGGAGAGGGAGGACGAGGACGAGGGAGAUGAUUGCGAAGGAUGCGACGGUUGCGACGAUUACGACGACUGUGACGAGAGUGACUAUGAGGACGAAGAGCAGGAAAAGGAUGAGGAGGGAAGAAGGAUUGGUCUUGCCACCACUGAGAUCGAAGAUAUUGUUCAGAAGCUGUGUUUCAUGGUUCAGAAAGGAGUUCUUGGGUUGGAUGAACCCAUAGUGGUAGCAGCCGUCGGCAUUCUUCGGAAGAUCGAGCGUGGGUUGAACAAAGAGACCGGAGUCCGGGAACAAAAGCUUGCGAGAUCAAAUUCCUUCCUCGAUUCAGCCCUGACAGAAGGAGCGGCCCACCACGCCGAUUCGACCCUGUCCGGUGGCCUCUUGUUGACACAAGGCGUUGACUUGUCGUUCUUGAACUUUAGCCUAGAGGAGGAUUGCCCGAUCGCUGAAGCCAGGAUUGUCGGUCAUUCAGCAGGGCAUCAUCAGAAGAGCCGUACAUCACCAUCAUCAAAGGCACAAAUCAAUGCUGGGAUCAGGUGCAGUCCAUUAAACCUGGCAAUUUCACUCUUGCCUCUGAACGAGCAACAGCGGGAUCAGGACAUGUGUCGCGCCAUUCGGAUACGAAUCAUGUUUACGCUAGGAUGGGUUCAUCAGCAAAAGGGCGAGUACCAUUACGGUGCCCAAGCAUAUGGCGUAUGCAGCGAGAUUGCAUCAACAGGAAAGAGACCACUGAAUGUACUGCAGCAGCAGGCUACGGUUCAGAAACACAAGUGCCAGAAAUUGGAGAGCGACGCCCAGGAGAGAGCCAAAACUAGGCCCGACCGAUCUCAUGAUCGUGCAGGAAGUGGGAACAAGAACAUACAGGGCUCGUCGCUGUCUAUCUUGUCGUCAAAAGCCAGUGCCAGGCAUACGACGAUGUCCUGCGCCUCAUCCACAUAUACUUCCUCUGAGGCUUCAACGAUCCAAAGUCAUUCAGACAUUUCGAGUUCUUCGUCAGUCUCUAGUUCUGAUUCUGGUACCAUCACGGUACAUAGACCCUCAGGAGCGCUGUCCAGCUUCUCCGCCGUUUGGAACUCUAGCCUCUUCCGCUCCAGCUCGAGCCCAUCCGUCUCUACAGCUGCAAAUGUCACGCCUUCCAAGCCGGAUGCCAACAUAAAGUCUGCACACAAACUGCAGCGCAGCCAAAGUCUUUUGCUCAAAGCAAAGAUCGAGCCCGCUUCAGAUACGUCUAUGACUACUGGGACCAACGAUUCCCAUCACCAUGACCAUCACCAUCCUCGUGCACAGCAGCGAUCCAAGACCCCUCAGCACCCUGCAUCCUCUAUGCUGACCAUGUCGGGCCACCAAAAGAAAGCCGUCAGGUGCGGCUAUUGCGGACAAACCCGCAUCCUGAUGCCGCUCUGUGUCUGUAAAAAGGUACGCUACUGCAAUAGCGAAUGUAGGGUGUCGGAUCUGGAGACACAUCGACUGACUGGUUGCCAUGCUGCCAAGGCCGGGAUUGGCGCCUCUGGUCUGUCUACUUCGGGUCCUAGCAUUGCACAGUAGCAUGCCUUUUGCAUACCCUUGAUAUCUUGCACAUU